AGCUAAAGUGCAAGAAAAGCACUAUGAGUUUAGUCGCAGCCAGGAGAUAUCCGUGCGUUCGAUGCGAACGGGAUUACGGGAUUUUGCUCGCGAACAAGUAGGCGCUGUGGGAUCCGAGGUGAGUCAUCGCCUCGAGCAGACUGAGCGUUUUUGUGUUGGCGUCAUCGAAGGCGUCAAGGUGGCCGCUCCCAAGGAGGAGGAGGCCUGUCCUCGCAGGGAGCCAGUCAAAGUCAAAUUCCCUGAUUCCUACAGUGGGAAAAGGGAAGAGAACUUUGACAAUUGGAAUGCCAAUGUUAAGACCUAUGUGCAUUUGCAACAGGUCUCCCCGGAUCAGCAGGUCUUAAUUGCGAUCCAUGCACUUAGAGACGAGGCCGCCAGUUUCGCGAGAUCCCUUGUUCGUGCUGCCAGUUGUAGUGACGAUCCAGUUGCGUACUCCUCGUUUACGUCCCUCAUUGAAUUCUUGAAGCUGCUGCGCAAGCGAUUCGCUGAUGUUGCCCGUAGUGUCAAAGCCUCAGAUAGGCUUCAGACAAUACACUCGCGCCAAUGGAAGAGUGCAAGGGCACUCAAGGGCACAAUGGAUGAGUUGGUGGCUGUUCCUGACCACAAGGUCACGGAAACCCAGUUGGUCAACCUUUUCUAUCGGGCUAUGCCCGAAACGCUGCGUGGUCACUUCUUUGACAAGAGUCAGGACCCUGCUAUGACUUAUGAUAUACUUAGCAGGGAAGUGGUCGCGUUCGAGGCGAAGUCUGCGUCGAUUUCCACCUUCAGGCACAUAGAUUUAGACAAGGGCAAAAAGUGGAAGGGCCGCACUAUCUCAGGGCAAGUCGAGACCAAGGAUAGCCUUGUGAUCACUUUAGAUGAGGGUAGUGUGGACGAGAUCCUCUACGACCAGAUUGAAUGGGGGUUCGAGGAGGAGGACAGUAGUGUGGGCCAGGGGAGGACUUACACUGUUGUCGCGGCUGGAGGGAGGCCGCAAGGAGGACGAGGCCAAGGCCAAGGGGGCCGGGCCUCAGGGAGCCGGUUCCAGGGCGAUCAGGGGGUUGGCGGCAGAGGAAGGAACCGCCAAGCGGGAGAGGGAGUUCAGGCGUAUUUCCGCCUAGAGAAAGAUGGGAAGGUGGAGAAGGUCCUCCACUCCCUAACUCUCCUCGUAGAGGACAGCCUCCCGUUUGAUAUAGUACUGGAAAUGGAUUGGGGAGAGGCAGCCGGGGCAACGCUCCAUCUGAAGGAGCAUGAGUGUAGACUCCCUAGUUCUGCAGGCGAAGCUAAGACUGCCCGCCUGUUUCAUGUGUCAGGAGUAGAGAAUUCCUUGGCACAUUGCUGCCUUAGUGCCCCUGCGUUCGCCAGAUUGGUGAGGAAGGAGAAAUUAGAGGAACAGGUUUUUGUUGCCUAUGUUAGGCCCGUCACUGAGCCUACGGAAGAGAAGCCGAUGGACCCUGCGAUUGCCAAGCUGCAAGAGGAGCUUAAGGAUUUGACUGAGCCGCCGACAGGCACAGUGUCGCGGCCCAUCCAGCACCGUAUCGAGAUAGAGCCUGGCAGUAGAACUCCUAAGGGUGCUGUGUAUAGGAUGUCCCCGGGGGAGUUAGAGGAGCUUCGCAAGCAAUUAGACGAGCUCCUCGAGAAGGGUUGGAUUAGGCCCAGUUCGUCUCCUUUCGGAGCGCCUGUUCUCUUUGUUCCUAAGAAAGAGGGAGAGCUGAGAAUGUGCAUAGACUAUAGGGGUCCGAAUGCUAUUACAGUAAAGAAUGUUGAGCCACUGCCUAGGAUCGACGAUCUCUUAGAUCGAGUGCAGGGGGCUAAGUAUUUCUCUAAGAUAGACUUAAAGUCCGGUUAUCAUCAGAUAGAGGUACACCCUGAUGAUCAGUAUAAGACAGCCUUCCGGACUAGGUACGGGCAUUAUGAGUUUAUAGUGAUGCCCUUUGGACUAACCAAUGCGCCACCAACUUUUCAGCGGUGUAUGAAUUAUUUGUUUAGGCCGUGGUUAGACAGAUUCGUUGUAGUUUAUCUAGAUGACAUCCUAGUGUUUAGCCGGACCCUUGAAGAGCAUCAGGGUCAUCUCAGGCAAGUCUUGGAGAAGCUGAGAAAAGCUAAUUUCAAGAUCAAUGCAAAGAAGUGCGAUUGGGCAAAGACCCAAGUUUUGUAUCCAGGCCACGUCUUAGACGGAGACGGCGUUAAGCCAAAAGACAGCAAGAUCGCAGCGAUUAGAGAUUGGCCCACGCCACGGACGCUGACAGAGUUGCGCUCGUUCCUGGGCUUAGCGAAUUACUACAGGAAGUUCGUAAGGAACUUCUCCACCAUCGCUGCGCCCCUUCACAGAUUGCUGAGAAAAGAGACAAUCUGGAAGUGGGACAAGGACUGCACGUCCGCCAURAAGAAGCUAAAGCAGGCGUUGAUAGAGUAUCCGGUCCUUAAGGUCGCCGAUCCGUCCUUGCCUUUUGUUGUUACUACGGAUGCUAGCCAGUACGGCAUAGGCGCAGUGUUACAGCAAGAUGAUAACAAUGACUAUAGACCCGUAGAGUUCAUGUCCGCUAGGAUGCCUUCAUAGAAGGUUGCGACAUCUACCUAUGAGAGGGAACUCUACGCUCUCAGGCAAGCAUUAGACCACU